CUAUCUACGACCGUAAAGCCCUACGCCUAAACCCCCUGCGCCUGACCCCUCCCUCCAAAACAAGGAGAAGCGGUAGUUUCUCGUUUCCCAAACAAACCCUUCAUCAAUCUCACAGUCACUGACCAACUCCUCCCCUUCAUCACACCUCCAAUGGCGACUCGCGCAUUUUCGCGAUCAAAGUCGUCAUUUUUCUCCUCAGUACUCCUUCAAAACCUAAAAACAACACCAAUCAAAACCACCCCAUUGCUUCUAAACUCCACAAUUCCAGAGCUCGAAAUCAAAUCCUGCAGACCCAUUUCUGGGUUCAGGCUGUAUCACGACGGGAGGCCCAGAGGACCGCUCUGGAGGGGCAAGAAGCUGAUUGGCAAAGAAGCGCUUUUCGUAAUCUCGGGUUUGAAGCGGUUCAAGGACAACGAAGAGAAGCUCGGGAAGUUUGUAAAGACCCACGUUUUGAGGCUUCUGAAGAUGGAUAUGAUUGCUGUGCUCACGGAGCUCGAGCGCCAGGAAGAAGUUGCUUUGGCAAUUAAGGUAUUUAACGUGAUUCGAAGGCAAGACUGGUACAAACCGGAUGUCUAUCUGUACAAGGACUUGAUUAUUGCAUUGGCAAGAUCUAAGAAAAUGGAGGAUGUUAUGCUACUGUGGGACAUCAUGAAAAAGGAGGAUCUAUUUCCUGAUUCUCAAACAUAUACAGAAGUUAUCAGGGGUUUUUUGAACUCUGGUUGUCCAGCAGAUGCGAUGAACAUAUAUGAGGACAUGAAGCAGUCUCCAGAUCCACCGGAGGAGCUGCCGUUCCGGAUUUUGUUGAAGGGACUUCUGCCACAUCCCCUUUUGAGAAACAGAGUCAAGCAAGACUUUGAGGAGCUGUUUCCCGAACAGCAUGUGUACGAUCCCCCAGAAGAGAUAUUUGGCAUGCGCGGCUGAGGUCUGCAUUCUAUGAUUUGAGCUUCUCUCCACACAGAUGUUAUAUUGAUUUCAUCGUCCCGAUUAAAAUUUAUUUGGUUUCAGGGCUUAAAUUUUUCUGUCUCUUCAUCGGAGGGGGUCGUAUCCCAACCGAUUCUAGGAUGAUGGAUUGCCUGCUAAAACCUUUAGGUGGUUUAUCCCGUAAAAUGACAUGUAAAAUUGUUCCUUCUUUAAAGUAUCGAAGAUUGGAGUUCUUGGAACGGAACUUUUCAUAUUUUGUAAAUGUUCAUGUAGGCAUGUGAAUUUUUGACCUGUCUAUGUUGACAUAGAUGAGCAUGUAUACGAUUGAUUGUGGUUUUUGUACCCUUUGUAUCGUGGCACUGCUAAUCUCCAAAAUUAGGAGGCUGCAGUAGUACUUGGAUCCAAAUUGGAUUGGGCCUCGCUGAAUUCAAAUUGGGCUGUCUAAAAUAAUGUAAUUGUCCAGUAAGAGUGCUUCUAAGACAAACAUCGAUUUACAAUU